UGCCCUGCGGGCCCGGCAGACAUGGCGGCGGCGGGAAGGCGCUGAACCCGGAGCCGCGGCGGUGAGCGGAGAGCGGCGGGAGCGAGCGGGGGCAUUGCACGAACACCCGCGGGACCUGCUCGGGGCCCAGGGCCUGGAGAGCGCUGGUGCCACGGCACCAGGCAGAGCCCCGAUGGCCGGAGAAGUGGCAGACAAGAAGGAUCGCGAUGCGUCCCCGGUGAAGGAGGAGAGGAAACGUUCCCGCUCCCCUGAGCGGGAGAGGGAGCGGGACCGGGACCGCAAGAGCUCCCCGGCCAAGGAGCGGAAGCGACACCGAUCCCGGGACCGGAGGCGGAGCCGCUCGCGCUCCCGGUCCCGCUCCAAGUCCACAGAGAGGGAUCGGCGGCACAAGGAGCGGGACCGUGACCGCAGCAAGAAGGAUCGGGACAGGGACAAGGAUGGGCACCGGCGGGACAAGGACAGGAAGCGAUCGAGUUUGUCCCCGGGCAGGGGGAAGGACUCCAAGUCUCGGAAGGAUCGGGAGGCGCGGAAAGCAGAGGAAGAGGAGGAGAAUGCACUGAAGAAGGAGAAAGCGCAGCCACUGUCGUUGGAGGAGCUGCUGGCAAAAAAGAAGGCAGAAGAGGAGGCAGAAGCCAAGCCCAAGUUCCUGUCCAAGGCCGAGCGGGAGGCCGAGGCCCUGCGGCGGCGGCAGCAGGAGGUGGAGGAGCGGCAGCGGCUGCUGGAGGAGGAGAGGAAGAAGAGGAAACAAUUCCAGGAGAUGGGCAGGAAGAUGCUGGAAGACCCCCAGGAGCGCGAGCGCCGGGAGCGCCGCGAGCGCAUGGAGCGGGAGACCAACGGCACCGAGGACGAGGAGGGCAGGCAGAAGAUCCGCGAGGAGAAGGACAAGAGCAAAGAGCUCCACGCCAUCAAGGAGCGGUACCUGGGCGGGGUGAAGAAGCGCCGGCGCACGCGGCACCUCAACGACCGCAAGUUCGUGUUCGAGUGGGACGCGUCGGAGGACACGUCCAUCGACUACAACCCGCUGUACAAGGAGAGGCACCAGGUGCAGCUGCUGGGCCGCGGCUUCAUUGCCGGCAUUGACCUGAAGCAGCAGAAACGGGAGCAGUCGCGGUUCUACGGGGACCUGAUGGAGAAGAGGCGGACGCUGGAGGAGAAGGAGCAGGAGGAGGCUCGGCUGCGGAAGCUGCGGAAGAAGGAGGCCAAGCAGCGCUGGGAUGACCGGCACUGGUCCCAGAAGAAGCUGGACGAGAUGACAGACAGGGACUGGCGCAUCUUCCGUGAGGAUUACAGCAUCACCACCAAGGGGGGCAAGAUUCCCAAUCCCAUCCGCUCCUGGAAGGACUCCUCCCUGCCCCCCCACAUCCUGGAGGUCAUUGACAAGUGUGGAUACAAGGAGCCGACCCCGAUCCAGCGCCAGGCCAUCCCCAUCGGGCUGCAGAACCGCGACAUCAUCGGCGUGGCCGAGACCGGCAGCGGCAAGACAGCGGCGUUCCUGAUCCCCCUGCUCGUGUGGAUCACCACCCUGCCCAAAAUCGACCGCAUCGAGGAGUCAGACCAGGGGCCCUACGCCAUCAUCCUGGCCCCCACCCGUGAGCUGGCCCAGCAGAUUGAGGAGGAAACCAUCAAAUUUGGGAAACCCCUGGGCAUCCGCACCGUGGCCGUGAUCGGCGGCAUCUCCCGCGAGGACCAGGGCUUCCGGCUGCGCAUGGGCUGCGAGAUUGUCAUUGCCACCCCGGGCCGGCUCAUCGACGUGCUGGAGAACCGGUACCUGGUGCUGAGCCGCUGCACCUACGUGGUGCUGGACGAGGCCGAUCGCAUGAUCGACAUGGGCUUCGAGCCCGACGUGCAGAAGAUCCUGGAGCACAUGCCUGUCACCAACCAGAAACCCGACACUGACGAGGCUGAGGACCCCGAGAAGAUGCUGGCCAACUUUGAGUCUGGCAAGCACAAGUACAGACAGACUGUCAUGUUCACGGCCACCAUGCCGCCGGCAGUGGAGCGCCUGGCCCGCAGUUACCUGCGGCGCCCGGCCGUGGUUUACAUCGGCUCCGCCGGCAAACCCCACGAGAGGGUGGAACAAAAGGUUUUCCUCAUGUCCGAGUCCGAGAAGAGGAAGAAGCUCUUGGCCAUCCUGGAACAGGGCUUCGACCCACCCAUCAUCAUCUUCGUCAACCAGAAGAAGGGCUGCGAUGUGCUGGCCAAGUCCCUGGAGAAGAUGGGGUACAAUGCCUGCACCCUGCACGGUGGGAAGGGCCAGGAGCAGCGAGAAUUCGCCCUCUCCAACCUCAAGGCCGGGGCCAAGGACAUCCUGGUGGCCACGGACGUGGCCGGACGUGGCAUCGACAUCCACGACGUCUCCAUGGUGGUCAACUACGACAUGGCCAAGAACAUCGAGGAUUACAUCCACCGCAUUGGGCGGACGGGCCGAGCAGGGAAGAGCGGUGUGGCCAUCACCUUCCUCACCAAGGAGGACUCCACUGUGUUCUACGACCUCAAACAGGCCAUCCUGGAGAGCCCCGUGUCCUCGUGCCCCCCCGAGCUGGCCAACCACCCCGAUGCCCAGCACAAGCCCGGCACCAUCCUCACCAAGAAGCGGCGGGAGGAAACCAUCUUCGCCUGAGGCCCCUCUUCAUCACAACAGGACCAGCAAGGCUGCCAGGACUGCUCUGGCUGCUCUUUUCCCAGCUCUUUGUGCAACCCAAGGACUGCCCACAAGCAGAGACUGGCGCUGGGAUUAUCCCAAAAUAUCCCCCCUGUUCUCCCGGUCCCCCUCCCCACUUUCCCCACGGAGCGGAGGAGCUGCUGGAGGCUGUUUGGGGGCCGGUCCCUCCCUGCUGCCAGGGUGGGGCUGUUUUUUUGGGCUGUUCUGGGAACUGUCUGCACCUCAUCCUUUGGGUUUUUGGGGUUUUUUUGUAGCUGAAGCUCCAGGCUGCAGGGAAUAAACCGGCAGCAGCGUUA